AUCCUGAAUUCCAUGCACGCGCUUUUGCGCAUACUGUAACAUUUCUGAAAAAAGAAACGCAAAAGCACCUAUUCCAACCUGGAUUGCCCCUCGUUUUGUUUAAGUUUCUAUCGAUGAUAGAAACACGCUUUACUAAGCGUGUAUCUGUUGUCGACAUCACUGAUGCUCUCGAAGCUUGA